AAUAAAGUCUUUUUAAAAAAAAAAGCCAAGUGCCUCCUCGGGUCAGCUGUACCUGUGUCCAGCACUCACUGGGGAGGUCCUGACUGGUGUUCCCGUGGGUGUUUCUUGUUGAGUCCUGGCCGGGUUGCGGUGGGGCCUACCUGGUUCCCAGGGGACCAGGGCUGCAUUGUCCAGGAAGGUCAGAUUCUCCUGCAGGUGAGGAUUGAGGGAGCAAGGUCCAGGACACCUGGUGGGGACUGAGUUGCUGGAGGACAGGGUAACAACUCUCACCGCUGCCAACAGUGGGCGCGGAGCUGGCCACAUGGAGGUGAUGGAAGCCCCUGACCACAGCCAGGUGGGGAGGGUGGAGACCACUCAUGGGGAGGCAGCUGGACAAAGCCAUGGGGAAGGUGACUGACCAUAAACAGUGGCAGUUUUGUGGGCUGCUUGAGAGGGUGUGGAUGUCGGAUACACCAUCAGGAGGGCAGGGGGCAGAGCAGGUGGUGGCAGUGACUUUCUCAUCGUUGUUCUGAGACCUGGUGAGCCCCCCCCAUUCUUUCAGAUUUUAUUCUACCUGUUCUCCAGCAUUUACUGUUCAUAUGAAUUUGAGGUUAGUGUCCCUCUUUUAAGACCCCUAUUGGGAUGGUAAUUAGAGUUUUGUCGCAUUGACACAGACACACAGAUUUAGUGAGAACGGGCAUUCUUGGUGAACAGAGGGAUGGAGAGAGGCCAGCCUCUCUCUGCCCGAGUCUGUCCUGUCCCUCGAGGCUGCUGCGGUUGGGAAUUCCGUGUAUAUAUUCCCAGAAGUUGUCUGUGCCAGUAUACGCACGCAUUUUAUAUUCUGCGAAGAAAAUGGGUUGUGAUGCUUCCUGACUUCCUGCUCCCAAGUCGUCCCUUUAGGCAGCCGACCGUGUGAGGCAUCCUGUUUGUUACGGUGAUCUUGGUGGCCGUGUCCCUCUGGGAGACUCCCUUUGACACUUCAAAUAAUGUGAGCCCCAUCCCCCCAUUAGGAGAGCUCUUGGUCGUUCCCUCCCUAUCUUCCAGUAAUUUGAAUAUGACCGACACCUCAGCUAAGCUAGUCCUUUUACGUCCCCAGAACCUGCCCACCCGUAGGCCUCCCCAAGGUCAGACCAAAUCCCUGGGUGACUCUGGACUUAACCUACCAGAAUCAACCACGUGUCAUGCCUCCAGUGCCAGUCCCUGGUGGACACACCACCAGGCUGACGGCGCCAGCCUCACUGCAGAGCCAGGGCACAACCAGGGCAGCCUGAGGCACCAACAAGCCCACAGCAGUCACAGUCGAGUGAAUCACGAAGGACGUGGGGUGAGCUGCCUCAGGAGUACGGGCCUCAAGCAACACCACGCCUUCUCAGCCUGUCUUCCCUGGAGAUUGUCCCUGGCCUGGCACCAGCCCUUCUGUGUGGACUGGGGGCCUGAGCAGAUGGCGCCGAGUCCUUGUGAGCUCCCCAGCUGACCGUGGGGACCCCAGGGUCUGGAGAACAAGACCUUCUGGCUGGAGCGUUGGGGUGCACAGGUGUCCCCAGGCAUCUCCGGCAGGAUUGUUGCUGGGCUCACAGAGUCCAGGGAUCAUUGUUCCUGAAUUGUGGACCCCACAGGCUCCUCUGACCUCCAUCUUCCUCGGAAACCUCGGGCGAUCCAGCCAUGGCAGCGGCCAGGCUCCUGCCGCCGCCAGCAGGACCCCAGCCCCUGUCAUUCCAGGCCAAGGUGACCUUUGAGGAUGUGGCCGUGCUCCUCUCCCAGGAGGAAUGGGACCGCCUGGGCCCUGCUCAGCGGGGCCUCUACCGACACGUGAUGAUGGAGACCUAUGGGAACGUGGUAUCGCUAGGACUUCCAGGAUCGAAGCCCAGUGUGAUCUCUCAGCUGGAGCGAGGCGAAGAGCCGUGGGUCCUGGACGGGCACGGGGCUGAGGAGACUCGGGGCCUGGGGAGCGGCCGGUCAGACAGCUACAGGCGUGAGCACACGACAGCUUGUACGCGACAAGACAGUUCACCCUGUCCAUGGGAGCAUGAGAACAAGGGAGAGAACCCGAAGAGGGAUUGGAGUCUGAAGCCGUUUCUUUCCGAGGAAGGAUCCGCGGUCCUGGGGGGGGCACCCUCAAGCCAGCCCGAUCACGGUCCGUGCAAAGCCGAGCAGAGCCGCCCUGUGAGCCCAAGCCCCGGCGGCCCGCCUGGAGCUCGGGUCCCCAGCCGCGGUGGGCCUGCCCCCGCGCAGCAGGCUGUCCCCGGCGGGGAGAGACCCUACAAGUGCACCGAGUGCGGGAAGUGCUUCGGCCGCAGCUCCCAUCUGCUGCAGCACCAGCGAACCCACACCGGGGAGAAGCCCUACGUGUGCGGCGUGUGCGGCAAGGCCUUCAGCCAGAGCUCCGUCCUCAGCAAGCACCGCAGAAUCCACACGGGCGAGAAGCCCUACGAGUGCAACGAGUGCGGCAAGGCCUUCCGCGUGAGCUCGGACCUGGCGCAGCACCACAAGAUCCACACGGGCGAGAAGCCGCACGAGUGUCUGGAGUGCGGGAAGGCGUUCACGCAGCUCUCGCACCUCAUCCAGCACCAGCGCAUCCACACGGGCGAGCGGCCGUACGUGUGCGCGCUGUGCGGCAAGGCCUUCAACCACAGCACGGUGCUGCGCAGCCACCAGCGCGUGCACACGGGCGAGAAGCCGCACGAGUGCGCGCAGUGCGGCCGCGCCUUCAGCGUCAAGCGCACGCUCCUGCAGCACCAGCGCGUGCACACGGGCGAGAAGCCCUACACGUGCAGCGAGUGCGGCCGCGCCUUCAGCGACCGCUCGGUGCUCAUCCAGCACCACAACGUGCACACGGGCGAGAAGCCGUACGAGUGCGGCGAGUGCGGCAAGGCCUUCAGCCACCGCUCGACGCUCAUGAACCACGAGCGCAUCCACACGGAGGAGAAGCCGUACGGCUGCUACGCGUGCGGCAAGGCCUUCGUGCAGCACUCGCACCUGACGCAGCACCAGCGCGUGCACACGGGCGAGAAGCCGUACGUGUGCGGCGAGUGCGGGCACGCGUUCAGCGCGCGGCGCUCGCUGGUGCAGCACGAGCGCAUCCACACGGGCGAGCGGCCGUUCCGCUGCGCGCAGUGCGGCAAGGCCUUCAGCCUCAAGGCCACGCUGAUCGUGCACCUGCGGACGCACACGGGCGAGCGGCCCUACGAGUGCAGCCGCUGCGGCAAGGCCUUCAGCCAGUACUCGGUGCUCAUCCAGCACCAGCGCAUCCACACGGGCGAGCGGCCCUACGAGUGCGCCGAGUGCGGCCGCGCCUUCAACCAGCACGGCCACCUGAUCCAGCACCAGAAGGUGCACGCGAAGCCCUGAGACCCCCGGGGGCGCCUCCCGCGCGGGACGGGCUGCCGAGGGCUCCGCCCCGGUGGAGCCCCGAAGAGCGGCCCCGGGGCGCGGCGGGCGGAGGAACCGGAGGGAGCCUGUCGCGCGGCCCUCGUGGGUGCGGGCCCGGGCGCCGUCGGUGCCCGCGCUGGCGGGAGAGCGUGAGGCUCGGGCCGCAGCAGCACGUUCCCGCCUCCGAGUAAAGUUCGCGCUCCCAAGAGGACAUGCCUUUUCUAAAGACAACAGUUGCUCCAACUGCUGCGCGAAAGUUUGGGUUAUUUGCACUAUUGUUAGACCACCGCAGUGUUGUGUGGAUGAAGAAUGGCCGUCGAGCGUCGCCGUGUAAGACGGCUGGAAACCCUGCGUGUGUGCAACCACUUGUUUUGUGUGAACAAAGGAAACCGCCUAAGGAGGAAUUAGGGAGAAAUGAUGUGAACUCAGAAAACGCUUCAGCUGGCGUCUGAACUUUAUUCCAAAUCAGAAGGAAUGUCCUAAGUGAAAAUUCAACUCAGAAAUGCAUCUUUGCCUCAAAACCUAGCCUUAUGAUUUUCAGACCGUAUGCCCCGGAGAUCGUGGGAUGUCUGGGGCCUCCAGACCCUGUGUGGGUUGCAGGGGAGCUCUGCACUCAGAGCCCAGACCUCAUAGCCACUGUGUUACUCAAAAGACAGUUCCUUGGUACAUAUUUUUAAAACCUAAAAUUAUCACAUUCAAAUUGCUUUUUUAUUAUCUGAAAUUUCCAUUCCUAUAUUUGAGGGUUUUUUUAUUUUUUACUCCUGAUUGCAAAAGUGUCUAGUAUCCAUUUUCAUAUACUGUAAUGAAUCUGUUUAUUCAUAAUUUUUUUAAAGAUUUUUAUUUAUUUGACAGUGAUCACAAGUAGGCAGAGAGGCAGGCAGAGAGAGACGGGGAAGCAGACUCCCCACUGAGCAGAGAGCCGGAUGCGGGGCUUGAUCCCAGAACCCCGAGAUCAUGACCUGAGCCGAAAGCAGAAGCCCAACCCACUGAGCCACCCAGGCCCCCUUAUUCAUAAUUUUUUUUCAUAAUAUUUUAAAGAUUUUAUUUAUCUGACAGAGAUCACAAACAGGCAGAGAGAGAGAGAGAGGAGGAAGCAGGCCCCCCACUGAGCAGAGAGCCCGAUGUGGGGGCUCGAUCCCAGGACCCUGGGAUCAUGACCUGAGCCGAAGGCAGAGGUUUUAACCCACUGAGCCACCCAGACACAUUAAAAAACAUUGAAAUGCUUUUUAAUUUUUAAAAAACAUUUUAUUUAUCUGACAGAGGCAGUGAGAGAGGGAACACAAGCAGGGGGACAGGGAGAAACAGGCUCCCCGCUGAGCAGGGAGCCCGAUGCGGGUCUUGAUCCUGGGACCCGGGGAUCAUGACCCGAGCCUAAGGACUGAGCCACCCAGACAUCUCUAGUUGAUUCAUAAUUUUUAAGUUUUUUCCUCUCGAAAAUAGCUUCUCGGGAGAAAUGAAGGACUGUGACCCUUAGGUCCGCAGCAGUGCACUGACGCACAGACACUCGUUCUCCCCUCUCUGUGAUGCAGGUGGGAGGAGCCAUCGUCACAGGUGAAACUCUGGAAGCUGAGGCAGCAGGCGUACUGCAGAGAGGAGAAGGGCUCCUCCUGAAAGGAGUUGACAUCACUGAUGUGUAGAGCAGAGCAGCUGGGACAACAGGCGCUAAAGCCACAAGUAGACAGGACUUGGGAUCACUAAGGAGAUGCUAGAGAGAAGAUGAACUCACUGAGAUGCUCCUUCCGUGAUGGCUGAACCUCCAAGGAGGUGCUGUCCAGGCUGGUGCGAGGCAGAGGGGCUAAAUCCCUCAGGUCCUCAGGUGUUAGGUUGUAGACAGUAGCCGAAGUCACUGGCCCACAGGCAAGCUGCCACCCCCCGCUGGCAGAGUCUGUAGCUGGCGGCUGCCCCUCAGAGCCCACCACUACUUGGGACACAAUUCUUAACCCUGCGGAGAGUUACAGUAAGAAAUAGUCAUGUUCUAGUCAAGACAAGAGUAAGAGUUCAGGUAAACACAAUGUACAGAAAUACUUGUUUGGGAAAAUGCCACAUAUGCCACAGGACAACGUACGUGAUAUGGCACAAGUCAUUCUGGAUUGUUAAAUGCACCAAAUACAGGGUUUCCGGGGAAAUCUGCAAAAUGCAUAGUUCGCUUUUCGCCCUUCUUAAAAGAAGUGUACCUACUACCACUCUGCCUUUUCUUCCUGCUGACCUGUCCCUGACCCCUUAGCUGGCGAGUGCACAGGCUCAGGUGUCCGUGGGGCUGGGAGAUGAGCCUCAGUGCCCUUCUCCCUGGGGAGGAUCCCUGGGCCAUGCAUUUUUGUCACUCACCCCUCCAAGGAUCAGGACGUAGCACAGAAACUGCUGGAACAUACGGGCAGUCUGCAUGUUUGGAAGUGGUAUCAGGCACUAAAAUGACCUUUGGGAUCUCUUCACCCUGUUUUUUUGUUGUUUUGUUUUGUUUUAAAGAUUUUAUUUAUUUAUUUGACAGACAGAGAUCACAAGCAGGCAGAGGGGGAGUGGGGGGAAGCAGGCUCCCCGCCGAGCAGAGAGCCCGAUGCUGGACUCGAUCCCAGGAUUCUGGGAUCACGACCCGAGCCGAAGGUAGAGGCUUUAACCACUGAGCCACCAGGUGCCCCUCCCUUCACCUGUUAAUAGCCUGCCAGCCGUUACUGCCCACCUCUCACUGGUCAGCAGCAUUCCAUGCUUAUUUUGGACCUUUUAAUUUUUAUUUGGAAGUCUUUACAUCUUACGCAUUUCAAUCCUUCUCUUAUUUUUCCUUACUGCUACCAAGAGUUUGACACUUAGUUCUCAAAUUUUCUGUAAGUUAGAAAACACCCAGAGUUUUAUUUCUGUGUACUAUGUAUGAUCUGACGUUGUCCAAUAAAAAAGGACUGACUAGAGUACCUGCUCGUGGGUGAAGGGAGAUCAGGGGCUGCCGUAAGGAUCGACGACGAAGCAGUGGCCAGAGGACGUGCGCUGGCCGUUCCCAAUAAAGGGAAGUACAAUGAGGAGAGCCUGGAAAGGGCUGAAGUGUGCCCAUUUCAAACAAAAACAUUCCACCUCCUGAUCCAUUAAUAAAGGUGACCCAGCAACACAGAGCUACGAAGGUGCUUUCGUGUGUCGCUGGUAGUACAGUCCAGCCCAGCUGCAUCGAGUCCGGGACAUGGGCGGAGCCAUCGCUUCUCUGGAGAAAGACACCUGCGCAGCAGGACCCAGACUGAGGUGCCAUGCAGACCACAGAUGGCCCUGAGGGAGGCAUGAGCACUCCCAGAGGACAGGCCCAUGAGGGUCCUUUGCAGGAGCCGGGCUUGCUCUAGGGCUGCAGAAAAUCCCCGGAUGGGGGUGUGAGUAGUGCUGCCCCACCUGGGUGAGUUUGGGGAACACAUGGUUUCAUGCCUCAAAGUCCCUGAGCUGUGAAGGCAGGUGAGGGAUAGGAGCCCCAAGGCUGCCCUCCCCUCUGGCACCAGUCUCGAAUUUGGGGAUUCCCAAGUUCAAUAAUUUGCUGCUAGGACUCCUCGAACUUGCCUUGAAACCUGAUAUACACCUGGUUACAGUGUAUUACAGGGAAUACCACAGUGGAAAUUAGACAAGGGAUUGCAUGGUGGCAGAAUCCAGGAAAAGUAAAAAACGGAGUCCCUCUGUAAAGUCACGGACGGCACUGCUGCCCUGCCUCUGACGUGUGACAGUGUGCACAGAGUACUGCCAACAAGGGAAGCCUCAGAGUUCUUCUUGGGGUUUGGCGACACGGACACAGAGGGCCACCCUCAUAACUGACCCAGUCUCCAGCCUCUCCACGGGUUCAGUAGAUCCCACACAGCCAAAAAGCCCCUGCCCUGCUGAUCCUGCAGAGCUCCUGGCUCUAGCUGAGUAAACAAAGACUCUCAGCAGGACAGUCCAGCUGCCCAGAAGCCUGGGACAAAGGCCAUCCCUCCCCUGGAGUCAGGGUAAUCCUUUUUGCACAAGUGGUGAAGAGGGUGUCAGAUCCCACCCAGGCCCACCUCCAAGUGCUCCGUGAGCUCGGUCCAGUCACCUUCCUCAGCCUCAGCUUCUGAUCUGCAGAGGAAAAUAUCACCAUUGACAUUACAGAGCGGCUGGGAAAAUGAAGUGAAACCUACAGGAAGACCAGCCCAGCAUCCAGUUCCGUGUGGUCUGUGUGCUGGAAGUUAGCACGACUGAACAGGUGCAGCUGUCAUAGGAGGCAGGGGCCAUACGGAGAACAACAGGCAGGGGGAGCCGCUCACUCACCACAAGGAGAGAGAAACGUUCCCCAGCCCCAAGGGAUCUUGAAGAAGCUCAGCCCACGGUCACACAAGCCAUGCAGGCAACAGGCUAGGCGAGGCAGAGUUGGCCCUGAGCAAGCACCCACUCCCUCCUCAGCAUGAAAGCCCACACAGCUCCUCCAGCAGGGACUCUAGGACAGCCUAGAGGACACCAACGCCAGGGGGCAUGUGAAGACUGGCCCAGCCCCUAAGAACAGGAGUGGGACAGCCCUUAUGGAAAGCUCCAGCUCUGGGACGCUCUGGCUCAGAUCGGAUGCUCUGCCUGGGUCCCUCUGCUUCAGGGGUGUGUACUGUGCAGCCACAAAGAUGUGGGCACGGGUACCACACACUGUGAGCACGACCUGACCUGGCCUUACCAUGACGUUUGGGGUAAGCUCUGUCAAGUUUUACCCAGAGGUGCUGACUCAAGGCUGCCCUAACAGGCCUCAGCUGUCUGAUCCUCUGACACCAGUAGUUCAUCUCCUGACGGGUUAUUACUGCCCACAACUAUUAACGAUUCUUAACAGUCUCCUGUGGGCUGAGAUGACCGGGCUCCCAAAGGCUCUCUGUCACCGCAGGCUGACAGCUCAGCUGAGGCAGCAAGAGGACAGCCGCAAGGAGUUAACCCACCGGACACCGGACCAUCCAGUUGAGAACCCCAAUCCUCAGAUGGGCUUGACACUUGUCAAGUGCAUCACCAAUGGAUGGUGCCAGCCCUCUUCAGCCAAAACCAAACAGCCAAGAAAACUUGUAAAACCAUGUUCUCUAGUUUUGCGCCAUGAAAACCACCAGCGUAUUUCCAUUACAUACGCUUCUUCAGACUGCACUGCCCAACACACCUGCCUGCUCCCUAGCCUCUCACCUGGGGCUUUAGGGCUCUUUUCAAGGGCACAAUCCCUUGGGAGUGCCACUGGCUGUAGGGACACCCAUGCCAAUAGGAGGAAGGGAUCCCCAGAGCAGAAGUCCCUAACAAACAACCCAAAGAGAAAGUAUCAGGGCCAUUAGCAGCGAGUGAUAAGGCUGAGCAUGUGAAAGAUGGCUCCCAUUAAAACCAACACAGAGAAAUGCAAGUUUCCCGAGUAACCAGUCGAAUGCAAUACCAGCCAGAGUCAUGCCCAUUUAAUUAGCAAGCAGAGGUGGAAAUUACAAGACUCAGUACAGGGAGGUUGUACGGGACUCAGACUGUGCUCCACUCAACUUUGCAUCCUGACAUGGAAGGUGAAUGUUUCCAAUGAUUCACUGCUGGUGACAUCAUCUAUUGGGUACAGCCACUCUGGAAAGCAUUUACAUCAAUGUCCUUUAAAAACUUUUCCCUGUUCCUGGGGGACCUGAGUGGCUCAGUUGGUUAAGCGUCUGCCUUCAGCUCAGGUCAUGAUCCCAGGCCCUGGGAUGGAGCCCCAUGUUGAGGUCCCUGCUCAGUGGGAAGACUGCUUCUCCCUCUCCUCUGCUUAUGCUCUCUUUCAAAUGAAUAAAACCUUUUUUAAAAAAUUCUCCUGGGGGGCGCCUGGGUGGCUCACCCCACAUUGGGCUCUCUGCUCAGCAGGGAGCCUGCUUCCCUCUCACUCUCUCUGUCUGCCUCGCUGCCUACUUAUGAUCUCUGUCAAAUAAAUAAAUAAAAUCUUUUUUUUUAAAAGAUUUUAUUUAUUUAUUUGACAGACAGAGAUCACAAGUAGGCAGAGAGGCAGGCAGAGAGAGGAGGAAGCAGGCUCCCCACUGAGCAGAGAGCCCGAUGCGGGGCUCGAUCCCAGGACCUUGAGAUCAUGACCUGAGCUGAAGGCAAAGGCUUAACCCACUGAGCCACCCAGGCGACCCGAUUAAUAAAUAAAAUCUUAAAAAAAAAAAUUCUCCUGGUCCUAAGAAUGUAUUCUAAAGACAUCGUUUAAAAAGAAUAAGACCAGGGCACCUGUGUGACUAAGUGGGUUAAACCCUCUGCCUUCAGCUCAGGUCAUAUCUCGGGGUCCUGGGUUCAAGUCCCACAUCGGGCUCUCUGCUCAGCAGGGAGCCUGUUUCCUCCUCUCUCUCUCUGUGCCUGCCUCUCUGCCUACUUGUGAUCUGUCAAAUAAAUAAAUGAAAUCUUUUUAAAAAUAAAUAAAUAAAUAAAAAGAAUAAGACCUGAAA